AAGUUUACCUCGUCUCCGGGUACGUUCACGAUUAGUUCGUUUGAAAACCCAUCCCUCGCCGUUGGUGUUCGUUCGAAUGGCUCUUUGUUUCUCACCCAAAACAAGGGGGAUGGCAAUACACGUUUCUUCGUUGAUUGUGGAGAGUGUGGUAACCUCCUAGCUGGCGACAACUAUUUCAUGAGACUUGAUGCUGGCCACAAUUUGUGUGUUCAGGUGGGAAACCGUCGAGAUGCCCAAGGUGCUCCCACUCGAGGCGGUGCUGGGGAUGCCCUGUCUCUUGCUGAAUGCCGUAGAGACGAUAGUCAGAGGUUUAACUACUUCCGUCGACCCGUUUCUUCGUCGUCGAUUGUGUUGACCCAACCAACUCAUGCCCCUGCCCAGUCAACGACUGCGUCAUGGCCCAACCAACGACAAUCGAGCAUCCCUCCUUCGUAUUCCGCUGUAACAACGACAGCUAGCCCAUGGCCUCAUGAAUCGCCUUCUGCUCCGUGGUCACACCAGCCAUCCAGUGCAUCUUCUGCGGUUUCAGCACCUAGCCCAAGCCCAAGCGUAUGCCAUCCUAAUUUCCAAUUCGCUGGUGUUAGAGUGGCAAAUAGUGCAAUCUCAUGGGGGUACCAAAUCUUUCAAGCAAGGUACCGACCUCACCGCGGAUGAUGACUUCAACAAGCGUCUGGAAAUCCGUUUCGAGCAGACUGGUUCUCCUAACCCGUACUACGUCGCAAAAUCUCUUAACGGCACGAAUCUUGCAGUUUCUGUUAAAGACGAUGGAGGUCUCUUCCUUUCUCAACAAGACGACAGAGAUGUUCGCCAACGCUUCACCAUUGACUGUGUUUCCGGUUGUCCCGGAGGCGGAAUUGGUGGUGGCGGUUUGGCUGCAGACGGAUGCACGAUUAGGUCUGCUUUCAAGUCGGAAUGUGUCCAAGUUGGCAAUGGAUCGGGAGCUGGCAAAACCGGCGAUCGUGUCUUCACAACCUUGUGCUCUGGUACCGAUAGUCAGCGAUUCAAUUUCCUGACGUCGCCGUUCGCUCCAAGCACUCUUGCUGUCUCUGGAGCUGUGGACUCAAAGUUGAGUUCAGGCAGCACCCUCGGCGACCUGAACACGCUCCUUCGUAAUAGCUACAUUGCAAUUGGGUUGCUUAUUGCAGUUCUGAUCGGUCUCAUCGUCGUGGCGCUUGUCAUGUUGAGUAGAGGAUGCCUCAAAGGAAGCGGGAAGGGGCGGUAUGAAAGCGUCUCGACAAAGAAUACCUAUUAAUCAGGGAUCUCUUAGUGGUUUUCAGCAUCCUUCGAACUCCUUACAUAUUGUUUUGUAUUAA